GCGGCAGAGGAGCCGCGAAGACUUCAGCGAUGGCAGGGGCGGGACCGGCUCCGGGACUCCCGGUUGCAGGAGGCCCUGUUGUCCCGGGGCCUGGCGUCGGCCUCCCGGGCAAGAGCGGCGAGGAACGCUUGAAAGAAAUGGAGGCGGAGAUGGCCCUGUUUGAGCAAGAAGUCCUGGGAGCUCCGGUGACCGGAAUCCCAACUGCUGUGCCUGCGGUGCCCACGGUAGAAGCCAUGCAGGUCCCAGCAGCUCCUGUGAUCCGCCCAAUUAUCGCCACCAACACGUACCAGCAGGUCCAACAGACCCUAGAGGCCCGGGCAGCUGCUGCAGCCACAGUGGUUCCUCCCAUGGUGGGAGGCCCUCCCUUUGUGGGCCCAGUUGGCUUUGGCCCUGCUGAUCGCAGUCACCUGGACAGUCCUGAGGCUCGAGAAGCCAUGUUCCUGAGACGAGCAGCAGGUGGCCCCCGACCUAUGGCCCUGAGGCCCCCGCACCAGGCUCUGGUUGGACCCCCUCUGCCUGGGCCUCCUGGACCACCCAUGAUGCUGCCACCAAUGGCCCGGGCCCCUGGACCACCCCUGGGUUCUAUGGCUGCUCUGAGACCUCCCCUGGAAGAGCCAGUGGCUCCUCGAGAGCUGGGCCUUGGCCUUGGGUUAGGCCUGAAGGAGAAGGAAGAGGCAGCAGUGGCCGCAGCAGCUGGGCUGGAGGAUGCUGGCGCAGCAGUGGCUGUAGGGGCAGGAGGAGCCCCAACUGGCCCUGCUGUCAUUGGCCCCAGCCUCCCGCGGGCCCUAGCCAUGCCCUUGCCUGAGCCUGAGCCCCUGCCCCUCCCACUGGAGGUGGUACGGGGCCUGUUGCCUCCACUGCGAAUUCCUGAGCUCCUGUCACUGCGUCCACGACCCCGGCCCCCUCGUCCUGAACCCCCUCCUGGCCUCAUGGCCCUAGAGGUCCCAGAGCCACUGGGUGAGGACAAGAAGAAAGGCAAGCCAGAAAAACUGAAACGCUGCAUUCGCACAGCAGCAGGGAGCAGCUGGGAGGACCCCAGCCUGCUGGAGUGGGAUGCUGAUGACUUCAGGAUCUUCUGCGGGGACCUGGGCAAUGAGGUGAAUGAUGACAUAUUGGCACGUGCCUUCAGCCGUUUCCCAUCCUUCCUUAAGGCUAAGGUGAUCCGUGACAAGCGCACAGGCAAAACGAAGGGCUACGGCUUUGUCAGCUUCAAGGACCCCAGUGACUAUGUGCGAGCCAUGCGUGAGAUGAACGGGAAGUACGUGGGCUCACGCCCCAUCAAGCUUCGCAAAAGCAUGUGGAAGGACCGGAACCUGGAUGUGGUGCGCAAGAAGCAGAAGGAAAAGAAAAAGCUGGGCCUCAGAUAGGGUCUGUGGCUUGGCACCCGUUCCCACCCAGCCGGGCGCUAGCUCCUUCCCACAGAUGUUUGUGGGAAACCCCAGUUGUCCACUCCCUGUCCCAAACCAGUUUCAAUAAAUUUACCUUCAUUUCCAA